GUAAUGAAAUAGCCAAUCUGACCUAACUGUGCGUUAUGUUGUCAGUCAUGAACUAUUGAUUGAUUCGAUGACAUCACAUGAAAGUACCCUUAAUUAGGGGAUAAUUUGCCCAAGCUGUUUUAUGGCGCAUUCAGUGGAACGCUUUUGAGUUUAUCAGUGCAUUGGAGUUAUGGUCUCAUCUGGUCUGCAUAUACCUGUACGGUAAUACCUUUUGGAGCCAACAUGUGCAGGAUUAUGAUUCGGAGUCGCGACGUAUUCCGCGUUUUGAUCUGUCUGCUGGAGCUUGUAGCAUUGCAUGGAGGUGAUGGGGUGAGUGAAGAGCCUGGUGGUAGGAAAAGGAGGGACUUGGGUCCCUUAAUCGAGAUGUUGGCUGGGAAGGUCAGCCCCCGCCCUCCACUGGUCUCCAGACAGAAGGAAGAUGACCAACACAUGGAAUACAUGGCUAGCCUCUACAAACAGUCGGCAGAUCAGAAUGGGAAUCCCAAAGCUAACCGAAGCACUAAGACAAACACUAUUCGCCUGGUGAAACCCAGCUCGAGUGUCUUGUUCCCCAGCUCAGGUCACUGGCAUGUCCAUCAUGUUGAAUACAAUCUGCAGUAUAUUCCAGAACUGGAACAUUUGAUUAAAGUUGUUGUUGUUUAUUUGCACAGUCCUCUUCCUAAUCACUUCAAGGUUUCUUGUGAGAUCAAAUGCCCCCUUGCAAAUUAUGUUGAUGUAAACUCCCUACAGAAUGACCCUGCCAUAGAAAUACCCAUCAAAUUUGUGCUGAAGAUGCAUGACAAAUGGGCAGAAGCUGAUGUAACUCCUUGUGUGCAUUUCCCAUCUGGCAAUUUUGUGAAGAAAGUUGAUCUGAACAUCAGUUACAAGUGUGUAGAACGAGGAAAUGUCAGUCAAGGAAUUCCAGACAAAAAAGAGCAUGCCAUCCAGCUCCAAGUGCCUUCACUGUUGUUGUAUUUAAAUGAUACUGCUGAGACUGCUCAUCAAAGGAGGGAGAAACAGAAGCAGCAAUUUCUAGAGAAGCUCUCCAGAUCCCAUGUUUUGUCCAGGAAGCCUCGGCAAUUAAGUAACAUUGGCUCGGACAUUCCUAACUUCCUUCAGAAGAGAAACCCUCCUAGGAACAUUUGCAAACUCCAUUCAUUCUGGGUAAGCUUUGAGCAAUUGGGAUGGGAUCACUGGAUUGUGGCUCCUCACAAAUACAAUCCCAAGUUUUGCAGGGGUGACUGUCCUAGAAUUCUCCACUAUGGAUACCACUCUCCAAACCAUGCAAUAGUACAAAAUUUUAUCAAUGAAAUUGUUGAUAAAAAUGUUCCACGACCAUCCUGUGUUCCCUCGAAAUACAGCCCAAUUAGUGUCCUUAUGAAGGAGCAAAAUGAUCACAUUGUGUACAAGGAAUAUGAAGACAUGAUUGCAGUUUCUUGUACGUGCAAAUAGUGGAAUUGCCAAUUUGCACCAUAGAGCUUAGGAAUGUAUUAGUGCACUGCAACUAGUUACUUGAAUUGGUUAUCAUAAAAUGAACAGAUGUAGUUAGUAUAGUAUAUUGAACAAGGAAAGUCGCUCCAUGACUGGCUCUUGGAUGUAAUUUGUUAUUCCUACUGCCAAUUAAGUAACUUGUCUAAAUAAAAGUGCAAUUGUACCCCACACCACUAACACAAUCCCCUCUAAGUAAACGUUUAAAAAAAAAAAAGUGAUCCUGCAGUGAUGUGCCCACUAUUGCAGUUGGGGAGGGGGUGGGAAAAUGUCCAAGUGUGAAGGAUAUUCUGCAAAAAUAAAUGAAAACAAGAUUUGAUUAAAACUUGAUGUAAUGUUUAACAAUUUUGUAGUAUCAUAUUUAUAAUUGUGCUUUGUAAAUACUGCUGAGAAUUUCCAAUCAAGUUUGCUAACUAUAGGCAGAGUCCAUCUUUUAUAUUGUCAAGUCUGCUAUUUCUGGUCCAUUCAAAUAGGAAUCCUUCAAUCUGAAUGUAAAUAGUUUCAAGUUUUAAUGCCAGAAUUAGGAUAACUCCAAUAAAGUUGUUUAGCCUGACUUGCAGUAACUUUUUAAUUCAUACUAUUUCUUCAGUAACUGAUGUUUCACUUGAGUAUGCCACUAGGUAGAUCAGGAAGCCCCCUUGGGGGGAAAAGUGCACACUAUCUUCUCCUUGUGACUUGCAACACAAUACACUGGGGGUGGGUAGGGGGAUAGGAUAUCACAAGAUUAGAGGAAGAAGUGGCUGGGGAUCUCACUAAAUGAGCCAAUAGUUUUGUUCAUUAGUUCACUAGGAAUAAUUUGUAGCUCAAUGGAACAAACUUGAAUCAUUUUUAAUAUCUAAUGCACUUUGGUUUUUAAACCCCUAAUUUUUCUUUUAAAGAACAGGAACAAAUCUUGGCUACUGAAGUCCAAGGAUUAAUAUAAUCUAAAAUGUAUGCAGGUAGAAUUGGAAGAUGUAUUUGUAAAUUUAGAAUCUGAAAUGUCCAUCACUUCUGGUUUGUCUUUUGCUCUGAAUCUCUCAUUAUGUUACUUUAUCCAGACUUUUCUUCCUCAUGUCACUUGUUUCUUCUUCCUUUAAGCAACAGUUGAUCUAUUUGUAAUAGAUGCUUCUCUGACAAGUAUAGAGAUCUAAAUGCUACCCCAUAGAUGUGGCUGUUGUACAUGCACUAUUUAAUCAAUGGAAUUUCUCCAUACAAUUUUAGCUUGGACAUUAGAAAUACUUCAGUGAACCAUAGUCUAUUAUUGUUUAAUACUCUGUAAUCAGCCUUCCCAUUUUUGGAAGUUUAUUUGUACAAAUUGGGGCUUGCAUUUACUUGUAGACUGUCAAAACAAUGCUUUGUUUAGAUCUAAAUACUUGUGUAUGUAGUGCUGUAUCUAUUAACACUGAAGUUCUACAGAACUAACCUGGAUCUUUGUACUAUUAUCAAACUUGCAUACUUAAUAAAGAAAUAGCUUGACUUCAAAUGC